AUGCUUUGUACUCGGUACUCGUCGAGCUGCCUUCUUCGGCUUCACAGGUCGCACAGGCGGCCGAGCCAUCGGCCAGCCUGGGGACGGGCUGCGGCAAGAAGCUCCAGCAGCAACCCCUGGUGGAACGAGGAGCUUGAGAGGCGACAGAAGAGACCCUUGCGACCCUUGCAGCCCACGCAGGCACCGCGGGAGGCGACCCCAAGUACGUGGCCGACCCAAGACCGUGGCUCCGAACGGCAGGACUGGCAAGAGAGUGCCAGCAGUUUGCAGCUCUUCGCCUAUCCCGAGGAUCGUCGCAUCCCUUGGGCCUCCCUGUCACUGCUGGUGACCUCAGCUUGUGCCACCUUGGCUGCUGCAGGACUCUGGCAACAGGUGCUGGGCUCAAGCUCUAUGGAGGAGCUCGAAGAGCGUCUGGAGCGCUUCACAAACACUCUGAAGGCUUGCUCGGCCAAGUGGCCACUGCAGGUCCACGAGCUCCACGGGCUUCUCUUGGCCUCGCUGCUGCGCGCCGGCGAGCUGCCGAACCGUGCGCUGAGUGAUUUGGCGCUCCUGCUCUUUGGGGGUACGUUGCUUGAACGUCUCUAUGGUGCACCCUUCAUGUUGCUUUUCUUGGGUGUCAGCACGAUGCUGAGCAACGCGAUGGCCAUGGCCAUCCAGCAGCGCUUUGUGGAAGGCGUGGAAGGUUUGAGCUCCACGAGUGGCGGAUUAGUGGCCCUGGGCACCUUCUGCGCUUUGCGACAUCCACGCUGGGCGAUCUGGCCAGGUGUUCCGAUCCCUGUUUCCUGGCUCAUGGCGCCCGUGGUGGUGGCUGACCUCUCUUUGGCCUGGGCAUAUCGUCAAGAGUUAAAGGCCUUCGAGUCAGCACAGGCGGCGGACACCGAGUGUCGUCGACCCGACCAAAAAGCGUCGACUGGUUCCCGCCCGAGCACUGGCCCAAUUUGGGUGAAGAAAGAAGACAAGCCACACAAGCAAGCCGUCUCCCGGAGCUGCUACCUCCGCCGAUAUCUGGAAGGACAAGAGCUUGUGCUGUGGGAUGCGGAGACAGGGGACAUCCCUCGUGGAGAAGAUAUGAGCUUCUAUGUGGGCCGAAGUGAUGUGAUGUUAAGGACUGCUUUCAUCGGCCUCACAGGAACACUCUUGGGUGGGAUCAAGCUCAAGGCCUGCCACAGGGAUCACUGGAAGCUGGAGUGUGCUGAUAUCGCCGGAGGAACUGGCGACGCGAGUUCAGAGGAGAGGACAGUGGAAGACUUCAAAGAGCCUUCAUUGCGAGAAGGUGAUGCCCAUGCUCGUGAUGAUCACGCAGGCAUGAGCCAAGUCCGGCUAGGCGCCGAGCGUGCAAUGGCUCUAGCUGCAUGCAUCGCUCUCGAGGCACAGGCUCGGGCGGAGUGCCGCCCGGUCUGGGAAGAGCUGCGGGAGCGGCGGGAAGAGUUGGAACUGGCAGCUGAAGAGGACAGCUUCAGAUGGGAUGUCCUACCACCCGAGGCCUAUGGUUUGGAAUUGGAGCAAGAGCAGUUUGGAGUGUCCUUGGAUGAAACCAGCUACACUUUGGGCUGA